AAGUCAUCUAAGAAUCCAUACAGGGGAGAAGCUUUUUGAAUGCUCAGAGUGUGGGAAGAGAUUCAGCCGCAAUGGCCAUCUUCAAAAUCAUCUAAGAACCCACACAGGAGAGAAGCCUUUUGAAUGCUCAGAGUGUGGGAAAGGAUUCAAACAGAGUGGCGCUCUUCAAAAGCAUCAAAGAACCCACACAGGGGAAAAGCCUUUUGAAUGCUCAGAAUGUGGGAAGAGAUUCAGCCAUAGUGACCAUCUUCAAAUGCAUCGAAGAACCCACACAGGGGAGAGGCCUUUUGAAUGCUCAGAAUGUGGGAAGAGAUUCAGACAGAGUGGCGCUCUUCAAAAACAUCUAGGAACCCACACAGGAGAGAAGCCUUUUGAAUGCUCACAGUGUGGGAAGAGAUUCAGUCAGAGUAGCAAUCUUCAAAUUCAUCUAAGAAUCCACACAGGGGAGAAGCCUUUUGAAUGCUCAGAGUGUGGGAGAAGAUUCAGCCAGAGUGGUGCUCUUCAAAGUCAUCUAAGAACCCACACAGGGGAGAAGCCUUUUGAAUGCUCAGGGUGUGGAAAGAGAUUCAGCCACAGUGGCCAUCUUAAAAUUCAUCUAAGAACCCAUACAGGGGAGAAGCCUUUUGAAUGCACAAAAUGUGGAAAGAGAUUCAGCCAGCGUACUGCUCUUCAAAAGCAUCGAAGAAUCCAUACAGGGGAGAAGCCUUUUCAGUGCUCAGAGUGUGGGAAGAGAUUUAGCCACAGUGGCAAUCUUCAGCGUCAUCUACAAACUCACACAGAGGAGAAGGCUUUUGAAUGCUCAGAGUGUGGGAAGAGAUUCAGCCGUAGUGGCCAUCUUCAAGUUCAUCAAAGAACCCACACAAGGGAGAAGCCUUUUUAAUGCUCAAAGUGUGGGAAGACAUUCAGUGACAGUAGUAGUCUUCAAAAACAUCAAAGAACCCACAUGGGGGGAAAGCCUUUUGAAUGCUCAGAGUGCAGGAAGAGAUUCAGUGACAGUUGCAGUCUUCAAAAACAUUUAAGAUACUAAACAGGGGAGAAGUCUUUUGAAUGUUCAGAGUGUAGAUUGAGAUUCAGACAGAGUGGCGCUCUUCAAAAGCACUGAAUAACCAAUCCAGGGGAGAAGACUUUUGCAUGCUCAGAGUGCGGGAAGAGAUUCAUUCACCAUCUUCAACAGCAUCAAGGAAUCCAGAGGGCAUAAAGUUUUGGAAUAGAAAGGGAUCCAAUCAGUAUAAUUAUCUUCCACAUUAUCUAAGAACCCACACAAGGAAAAACCAUGGAACUUCUUAGCCCAGCAGUGCUGAACUUGUUUGUUACAAUGAUCUGACAGAAACGUCUCUUUGUCGGCCAGGCUAUGUAUUCCAUACAAUUAUUGCCACAUAGCAGAGAUAGAAACUUUAGAAAAGACAUAGGUGUACCCAAUAACAAUAUUAUUUUUUACUCAGUAGACAAACUUACUUAAAUAAUGAACAACCUUUACAGUAUUUUCGUUAUUUAGAGGUCCUUGGAAACUGAUCUCUCUUUCUUUGAAUUACUGCAUCAAUAUCUGGAGUCAACUGUACAUGAUGUAACAAUCUUGAGUGUGCUGGUUUGGUGUGUAUCUGUAAGUUGAGAAUGUACUUUUGAUUUAUGGGCAUUUAUUCCAGAACAGAGCUGUUCUGAGACAUACAUCGUUCCAAACAUUUACAUAUUUUUAGAAGCAAAAGUCUUAAGGUGGGGGUAGUUUGGGCCCCAACAUUGGUAAAAUUUGCUAAUGUCAACUUCAGAAAGCUGAUCCUUCUAUACAGCAUUACACUGGUCCUCCACCUGUCUGCAAUUUGUGUGAUUUUUAAAUUGGUAGGUAGGAGCAGCGUGAAUGUCCCAUUUUCCCAACUGUAGUGACUCACUAUGUGUCAUCCACCUUCAGAACACCUCCCACCUUAGAGAAACUUCUCCUGUCCAACUCCCUUCUCUUCUAUUUGGCAUAAGUCUUCCCAUUCUGAAAAUAAAUUUCCUCACUAAGUCAAUCAGCAACUUUUUUCUCCUCCACUCUGAAAGCAUUUUUGCUUGUGAAGUAGGGUUUCUUACCCAUUUAGAGAGGUUCACCCCAAAUCAUUCACAUAGAAUAGAAACUCUUCAAGGAACUGGAUUCACUGCCCUCCACAGUAGCUGAAUUGACCACAAAAAUCAUGAACCCUCCACAGAUUCAUCAGCCUCCUAUCAAUGACCAGACCUCCUCAAUCUGCCCUUGUUUCCCACCACCUCGGUGUGAUGCGUCCACACCAAUCCACUCUCCUCCAAAUUCCAGACUGCUCCCAUUCCUUUCCUUGCAGUUAAUUCCCGCUCAGAGACCUGAUCUUGUCGUGAUCUGAGGCCUAGUGUGGGUGGCCUAGAGGGCAGAGAGAAGCCUGAGUAGGAGUCGAUAAAGGGGCCUACAUUUCCCCGGAUUCCUGAUGCCGCUCUGACUGGGUGGCAGAGAUUUCGAGGAAAAAGGAGCCCAAGAGGGGGUGGGACCUGAGAAGAAAGCAUAAAUAGGCUUGGCUGGAAAGGGAAGUUCUCUCUGCUGAGGCUAGUCUGGAGUAGGCUGCAGCUGUGGAGAAAUCCCUCACCCUAAGGAGGUGGUGAGUUUUGGUAUUAGAGGAAGGGGGCAUAUAGAUAGUCAGGUUAGGGUUGUUUAUUUCUUUGCCACCAACCUUUACUGUUUCUUUAUUCACUGUUGCACUCAAAGUCUUUACUACCCACCUAUUGUUUGAUCAUUUAUUAAAAAAUCUGUUGUUAAA